AGCAGUAAAAGUUUGGUAGUAACCAUAAACAUGGUGGAAACACCUUUUCGUUAAAAUUUAUUUAUUUACUUAUUCUAAACAGAUACAAUCAGCCACCGACGACACCACUUAAAAUACCAAGAUGUCGAGCGGUGACGAAGGAGAGAUGGACGAGUUGGCUAUCAACCCAGAGGAAUAUGAAGCUCCUAUUUCCGCUGUUGCACCACUGGUAGUUAGGGCUGAAGAAAAUCAAGUCGAGGUUUCAGCUAGUCCUGCGUUUCAGCGCCUCGAUGAAUUAUUCCAACAGGGAAAGCUGACUGGUACUAAAGUAGCAUGGUUGAAAUCUAAAUACACAGAACUUCACGAUUUGUUAAAAGUAGCCAGAACCAACGAAUCCAACUUAUUACAAGAUGCCAAAGAAUAUAACUCAGUCCUGGAACAGAAUCGAAUAGAAUUAGAAAAGGGAGACAACUUUCCCGAAAGUGAGAACACCGAAGUUACAAAAUUACGCGAACAGUAUUUAAAAUACACAAACGAGUUGGCCCAAACGGAAGAAAGACAAUAUCAAAUGGAAUAUAAAAUAGAAUGUCUACAAGAAGAAAAGAAACUUGUGGAAAGGGAAUAUAGCCGUCUGCCAAAACAAGGAGAAGUUGAGAAAAAAAUCAAAGAACUGCAAACCGCUUGCGAUGACAUGAGAAAGGAAAUCGCCCAGCGCCAAAAUGAAUCCAAAAACUUACGCGAAGAUUUGGAUACAGCGAAUCGUCAAAUGGUCACGGAAAAGAAAGAAUAUGAAAAACUGAAUGAUGAGAUGGAGAAAUUAAAGGGUGAACUCGUUCAGAUUCAAACUAUCCCUGGUUCUAUCAUGAAAGAAUCCGAUAAAUUGACUCGUCAGAAAAAUGAGGUUGGGAAAAAAGGGGCCGAAUAUGAGGAAGAAUUCAACAACCUGAAGGAGGCGAAAGAAAUGCUAGAAAAUAAAAGGAAAGAGUUGACAAAUGAAAAACUGGAGAUUGACAAGGAACUUGAUCGUAAUCAGGCCUUAUUUCACAACAAAGAACAAGAACUGGACUCGAGCAAUAGAGAAUGUAGUUUGUCGAAGGAGAGGGAGGCUGUUUUAAUGGGGGAUAAGGCAUCCGUUGAAAUGAACCUUCGGCAUAUUCAGUUGGAGAAGAAAAACCAACACGAUAUUCACGCCAGAAGAUUACGGGAAAAGGAUAGAGAUUUGAAAAAUUUAAAGAAAGCCGAAAAUCAACUGAAGGUUUCCGAGGAGACAUUAAAUCACACCAAAAUGAUUUACGAUAAAUUGAAAUCACAAGCAGACACCAUGCCUAAAGAUGACGGGACGAACUUAAAGAAGAAGAAAGAGUUACAGAAGGAAGUCGAACAAAACAAGCGUGCCCUUGCCCAAGAGAAAUCACUGACAGCUGUUGAACAUGUGAAGCUGGAAGCCAGUGCCCAGGAAGAACAAAAUCUCUUGUACGAACAGAGUGACUUGAGGAUCGAAGUGGUGGAGUUGACCCGUCUAGCUGCCAUCAAAGCAGACGAAAGAGAACAGAAGGCACGAGAUUUCAUGAGAGCAGAAACGCGAUAUCAUCGGGCCUUUGAAGAUUUAAAAACAAAACAAUUACAGAUUCAGGACCAUCAGAAAAAAUACCAGGAAAUGCAACAAAAGCUGAAAGACUUUGCCAAAUCUUACGAUGUGAUUAAAAACGAGAGAAAUAAAUGCGUUAAUCUUAUUCAGACCAGUACCCAGAAGGCAGCAGAAAUGAAAGAAAAGAUAAAAAUUCUACAAAAUGAAAUUGAAAUUUUGCGGACGAGCGUGAUGGAGAAGGAUCGUAUGUUACAGAAGAGUAAAUUAAAGCACAUGGCCAGCAUAGUUGAGAGAGACAGUCAGAGGAAUGAGUUCGCUAAGCAGCAGCGCAUUCACGAGGAUAUGCGCGACACAAAAGAUCAACAGAAAAUGGACAUUAUGAAACUGAACUUGAUGAUUAAUCAGGCCGAGGAACAGAUGGUCAGGUUACGAAAACGUUACGAAGUGGCCGUGCAAAAUCGUAACGAACGAGGGUUGAAGUUAAUCGAACGCGACGAAGAAGUCUGCAUCUUUUACGAAAAGGUGAACAUACAGGAUCAGAUGAUCAGGAAUGGUGAAGUGGAGUUGAAAGCUCGAGAAGAAGAGAUCCGUUUCUUGAAAAUGAAAAUAACGGAAGAGAAACGUGGUGUUGGGUUGAUGUCCAAGACGGUGCCAGAAAAACGAACUUUGGGUCAAGAGCUCGUUAAUCUGCAGAUCGAAUUACAGAAGGUUCAAGAUCAUCUGCUGUCCCUGGAGAAGAAUCUGGAGAAUCCCAACAAUGAUAAACGGGUUCGAUAUAUUGACGGGAACGAUCCUUCCCCUCCAGAGAUGCAAGCCAAGAUUGAAGAACUAGAAUUACGACUGGCGGAAGCCGAGGAGCAGUUGUUAGAAAAGGCGUUGAUUUAUGAUCAAACUAACAGAAUAGUCAAUAGAAUUAAAGGAAAAGCGGAGAGUGGAAAAGAAGACACAUUAUCUUUGGCGAAAAAUGUGAACUUGGUCCAAAGUCGCAUCAAAGACACGACUAGAAAAAUGAUGGCGCUGGUUUCCGAGCUGUCGAUGAAUCAAGCCAACUCGAUGAGACUCCAGCAACAUUUGAAAGAGAAUGAAGUCGAAUUAGAACAAUGUUAUAUUAGAAUGGAGAAAGGAGAACCACCGUCUGAUGAGAUCGAAAACGAAUGGGUGAGAUUUUUACGAGACCAGGAGCGAAGAUCGUUGGACAAAGAAGAACGAUUGAUGAUGGAAGAAGAAGGGGAACAAUAUAAAAUCGCAGGAGGUCUGUACACGACGGCUGAUCCCCGACCCAACGCUUACAUCCCCGAUGAUGAUGCCGAUCUUCCCAUACCCCGACCUUACGGUUCUCAUGCUCCUUUUAAACCUGUUGAACCAGGUUCAUCAAUGAGACAUAUUCGUAAACCGAUUCCUAAACCCAUUGAAAUAUGAACCAUUUUGUGAUUCAUUCAAAAAGAACUAUCAAAACAAUUUUCAGACUUUUUUUCGUAAACUACAGAAAGUGAAAAAGCUAUUUUCCAAUUUUCACUGCAUGUCAAAAGAAAACAUCAAAAUAUGAGAUGGAAGUUGUAAAUUGUGAACCUUUUUUUUUUUUGCAAACUAUCAAAAACAAUUUUCAGACUUUUUCGUAAACUAUAGAAUGCGAAAAAGUAAUUUUUCCAAUUUUCACUACAUGUCGAUCUAGGUGAAAGAAAACAUUAAAAUAUAAGAUGAAAGUUGUAAAUUGUGAACAAUUAUUUUUUGUGCAAACCGUUCAAGCGUUGUGGAAAAUUAGAAUUUAAUGGUGGUGUGUUGAUAAUUGGUAAUGUUUUAAUUAUUUUGAGGAUAUUUAUCGAAACUGAACUUCUUUAAUUUAAAAUUAAUGUUUUUUUAAGUGUACUUAUUAUUAAUGAUUUCUAAUCUAUUUAUUAUCCUGCCAAAAUUAUUUUAUUACUGAGGCCUGUGAAUGAUCUCUGUGAAUUUUUAAGAGUUAUUUCCCUUCUUAUAUAAAGACCAAAGGUUUAAUAUUUUGUGAUACAUAAUUAUGCAGUCCCAUAAUCUUUGUUUGACUUUUGAUUACAUGGAUGGUUAGUGCAUGCGCAUUGUAUCAUUAGGUCUGCCAUUGAGUCAAUUGACAUGGUUUUGAUGCCCCAGAUGUACCUGAAAAGGAGUAGGGCGGCUUGUCCAAACGUGUGGGUUUUUUGUGGGUCCUCCGGUUUCCUCCCACUGCUAAAGAUGCCUACGUGCAAGCAAAUUAUUGAAAUAAAAUUGAACCAUAUGUUAGUCCCGAAAUGACCUAGUUUGUGUAGAGUGGGUAAUCUCUCUCUCUCUCUCUCUCUCUCUCUCUCUCUCUCUCUUUUUUUUAAAUUACAUCCUUUACUACAUUGUACUGCAUGCUACAACAUUAAACUAAAUAUAGUCCCUCAGUUACAAAGUGUAGAAUAUAAUAUGUUAAAUAUGUAUUGCUAUCUGUUUACAUUCCGUGUACUUGAGUUUAUUUGACUAUUACAACCUGAGUGAGUAUCCUGAAUCUCUUAUUCAAUAAGUAUGGCUCUUGUCAUGUGCAUUAUCUCAAGUACUGAUGUAAUCGUUACAGAAACUGAUCUGGAGAUUGGCCCCUGAGUUCACAAAGCAUUCUCAGACUUAAGUUAAGAAUUUACCCAAAAUUGUUCGCCUUAUUUUAACUAAGACAUAACCCAUUAUAAAACUUUUGUUGUUUUAAUGUAUCAAAUACAUCAAUAAGAAACUAUGUGCAAAGUUUUGUGUUUCUGGAUCAAAGAUAUUUCUUAUAAAGCAGUGAUUGAAGUUGAGUAAAUUCUUAAGCCUGAGAAUGCUUUGUGAACUCGGGGGGCCUGGUUUUCAAAAUUAAAGAACACAACCUUUUUGAACAAAGCUUACAGUUCUGAACAUGUAAGUUGGAUAGGGUUGUAUACUGGUUUUAGGAAUUCGAACUCAGGGCUACAAUUCCAUCUAUUAAUAGCUUUUUUCUGUUAUAAAACAGUUAAAUAUGAUAUUUGAAUUUGAAUAACUGAAAGUCCCAUCUUGUAAAUUAAUAACUUAUUGUAUUAAAUAUUACAAUUUAAACAACCUACAGGUAUUCUCCCAUCUGUAAAUGACUUAUUGUAUAAAAUAUUACAAUCUGAACAACCUGUUCCCAUCUGUUAAUAACUUGUUGUAUGAAAUAUUACUAUCUCAAUAUCGUAUUGUUCCAUCUAAUAAUAACUUAUUACAUAAAAUAUUACAAUCUUAAUAACCUAUUUGCCCAUCUGUUAUUUAAUGAUUUCUCUCUAAAAUAUCACAAUCUGAAUAAUCCAUUUAUUACAUAAAAUAUUACUGUCUGAAUGUCCUAC